GCUGUGAACUGGAGUGCGACUCUUCUUUUGGAGUUUUUUAUUUUUAUUUAAAGGCGCCGGUUAACACAGUACUUUACUUUAUUUUGAAAAGCAACAGGAAACCGUGGAUGCUAGGAACCUGUCAAAAUAAAACGACUGGAAACGUACCUGUCGGACGCAUCGGCUUUCUUUUUUGUUUCAUGGCUCAACACCUGACUGCCCUCUGACCCGUCCUCCCCCGUCCUCCCCCGCCGCCCCCAAUGCCCCUCCCCCCUUCAUCAACAUGUCCCACUACGUCUUCUCGCUCCGCCUCGCCCGCUCAAGGACAUCAGGGCAGGAGAAGAAGUGAGGAUUUGAUAAACACACACGCAGCAGCCCCCCCCCUCACACCCCUCCCCCAAAAACACCUCCCGUCUCUGAUUCAAGAUGGCGGCCGGCGUGGCCACGUGGCUGCCGUUCGCACGGGCCGCGGCGGUGGGAUGGCUACCGUUGGCCAAGAAGACGAUGCCCAAACCCCCCGUGGACAACUCGUCCAAGUCGGAUGAGAUCCUGUAUGUCAACGUCAGCGGGGUCCGGUUUCAGACAUGGAAGAACACUCUGGACCGGUACCCGGAGACCCUGCUGGGCUCCUCGGAGAAGGAGUUCUUCUACAACGAGGACACGCAGGAGUUCUUCUUCGACCGGGACCCGGAAAUGUUCCGGCACAUUCUGAACUUCUACCGCACGGGGAAGCUGCACUACCCGAGGAACGAGUGCAUCCAGGCCUUCGACGAGGAGCUGGCCUUCUACGGCAUCGUGCCCGAGAUCAUCGGAGACUGCUGCAUGGAGGAAUACCGCGACAGGAAGAAGGAGAACCAGGAGCGCCUCGCGGAGGACACGGAGGCCAACGAGGCGAUGGAUGCCCCCCUGCCCCCCCACAGCUCGUCCAGGGAGCGCCUGUGGCGGGCCUUCGAGAACCCCCACACCUCCACCAUGGCGCUGGUCUUCUACUACGUCACCGGCUUCUUCAUCGCCGUCUCCGUCAUCGCUAACGUGGUGGAGACGGUGCCCUGCCGGCCCCCCAAGGGCAGCGUGAGGGACCUGCCCUGCGGGGAGAAGUACCAGCUGGCCUUCUUCUGCAUGGACACGGCCUGCGUGCUCAUCUUCACGUUCGAGUACCUGAUGCGGCUCUUCGCCGCGCCCAGCCGCUGCAAGUUCAUGCGCUCGGUGAUGUCGGUGAUCGACGUGGUGGCCAUCCUGCCGUACUACAUCGGCCUGGUGAUGCCCGAGAACGAGGACGUGAGCGGCGCCUUCGUCACGCUGCGCGUCUUCCGCGUCUUCCGCAUCUUCAAGUUCUCGCGCCACUCGGCGGGCCUGCGGAUCCUGGGCUACACGCUGAAGAGCUGCGCCUCGGAGCUGGGCUUCCUGCUCUUCAGCCUCACCAUGGCCAUCAUCAUCUUCGCCACCGUCAUGUUCUACGCCGAGAAGGGCACCAAGGACUCCAGCUUCACCUCCAUCCCGGCCUCCUUCUGGUACACCAUCGUCACCAUGACGACGCUGGGGUACGGAGACAUGGUUCCGAACACCAUCGCAGGGAAGAUCUUCGGCUCCAUCUGCUCUCUGAGCGGCGUGCUGGUCAUCGCGCUGCCCGUCCCCGUCAUCGUGUCCAACUUCAGCCGCAUCUACCACCAGAACCAGAGGGCCGACAAGAUGAGGGCGCAGCAGAAGGUUCGCAUGGCUCGGAUCCGCAUGGCGAAGAAAGGAGCGGCUAACGCCUUCCUGCAGUACAAAGAGGACCGGGCCCUCGGGGACAGCGACACCACGGCUCUGUGUGUGAAGAACAGGUCGGCCUUUGAGUAUCAACACAACCACCUGCUGCACUGCCUGGAGAAGACCACGAACCACGAGUUCACCAACGAGAUGAACUACAGCGAGCUGUGCACCUCGGACUCGGCGGGCUGCCGGACCAGCCGCAGCACCUCCCUCUCCAGCCAGCAGGGGGCGACUGACAACUCCACCGGCUGCUGCCCGCGGCGUGCCAGGAGGAGAGCCGCCAUACGCCUCGCCAACAGCACCGUGUCCGUGAGCAGGGGGAGUGGCCAGGAGCUGAGCACGCUGCACACCAAGACGCCUCAGAGUCGUUCCAGUCUCAACGCGCAGACGGUGGACCUGAAGCUGAACUGCGGCGCGCCGGAUUUCACCGCCGCCAUCAUCAGCAUCCCCACGCCGCCCGCCAACUCGCCCGAUGACAGCCCCGCCCCCGGCAUCCUGCGCAACACCCGGGCAACCGCCUACACCCACGACACCUUCAAGAUCUCCUCAUUAUAACCUACCACCUGCCCCCCCCCCCUCAAACCCGCUUUUCACUUCCUCUUUCUGCGCUGACGGCUUUUUAUAACACAAGCUGACAAUAAAAAGAAAAUGGAAAUUUGAAAGAAAAGGAAUUUGUAAAGAAAAAUUGUCCUCCUGCAGAACCGCCAUGUCUCCCCCAACCGCCCUGCUGAUUUUACCCCAACACACACUUUUGGGGCGGUUCUUGUAAACAGUGCCAAGGCACCCAAAGCCCCCCCCCCUGCGGCCUGUCCUUGUGUUUCUACGGGUACUGGGGACACCGGGCCAGGGGUGUCUGGUCCGGUGGUUCAGUUUCAUGGUGAAUCUGAAGGACUUCAGAGUGCCUAAGUCCGUCAGACUCUUCUCUCGUUGGAUGAAGACGACCGACUCCCUCGCCCCCCCUCCCACUCCCCCAGCAGCUUGGGACUCAUCAGUUUCUCUGCAUGUGAGUAGAUGGUCACCAGGACAACGUGCGUCCGAUGACAGUUGAAGUGACGCGUUGGACCUAUUGUGUUUAACGUGUGAAGGUUCUAGGUCUGCACGGAGGAUCUCGUCACCAGCUUUGGUUUGCCGGUUUCGGGUCACACAUAAAAGGUAGGAAAAGAGUUUGGUUGUGAGAGGUGACAGAACCAGAAGGACCAUCCAGACCACGUGAACCCAACUGCCCCAGGUUUACCUGAUCUACGCAGAGCUUGAGCCUCGGUCCCCACACUGAGCUGGACUGGACUCAGGGGACUCAAGCUGGUUUUCUAAACAGGACUGCAGAGAUAACGGGUGGGUUACAGGAGGGACUCUGGAUCCAUCCGGUCCGAUGUGGACUCUUCCAGUCCAGCUGUAGCUCCGGAAUGUUUGUCGGUGCGACACUGACGUCUAGACCGGAAAACGAAAGCCUUUUACUUUUAAAAAUAUGCAACACGACAAGCAGGAAAGAGACGUUGAUGCUCAACACGAAGAGAAUAAUAAUAACAACAAUAAUGUGUCACAAAAGUACAGCAAUCAUCACACGGGCCGAGAGACUCGGCUGCUGGGGGAUCUGUCCCUGGUGGACAGCGCACAACAGGUAUUCACAGUAGACUUCUAUGCGUCGGCAGUCCCGGUGAGGUGCACUCUGGGAAAAAAAGGUUUGAUUUCAACACGUUCGGGAAGAAGAUGCUUCAGUUUUGUUUAACAACGAUGCUCCGUAAGAUCUUCGAACUGUGACCUCAGAAGCUGCUGAGAAUGUGUCUUCUGUUAGGAAGUCCCAGAGGCGUCCCAGAGGCGUCCCAGAGGCGUCCCAGAGGCGUCCCAGAGCGCGCUGAGCUACGCUCUGGGACGCAGCGUCCGUACAGAGAACACACGGGUGUGUCGACACUGAUUAGUAUAUUUAAGAUGAAACCCUUUUUCCCUGAAGAGUGCACGAUGGCGCCGUGUUCGGCUCCGCCUCCUCUGACCAAUCGGCAGACGAGUGAUCGACUGUAACAUAUUUUGUAUCAUAAACAUUCACCUGCAUCUUCUGAAUGAAAACCCUCAACCAAAAAAAGAGACAUUAAAACAAAUGAGGUGGAGCAUGUGGACGUAGCACUACUAACACCACCACACAUCAUCCGACCAAUAGCAUGAGCACCUUCAUUUGUCUCCUCCUCUCAUUGGUUGGUCCAAAUCCCCCAAACCCCCCAAUCCCCCAAACCCCCAAACCCCCCAA